CUGCCAUUAAAGACACAAACAACGCAAAUGGCUUCUCUGCAACGCACGCUUCAGCUAAUCAAACACUUCUGCUCAACUCCUUCCCGCGGGUGGGAGGGCAACAAAGACAUGGUGGAUUUCUUCCUUGCAGUAAAAGAAGCAUUUCGUUUCUUGUACGAGCUGAGCAAUCAUCACCUCCUUCAACUACUUCUCAUUUUCAAGAUAGGUGUGGGAGACGUCAAAUGAUAUCUCUUGGUGUCAUUGCCCCUUGGAUCUCAGUGGUUAACCAAACUCCUGUCUCAUUUGCUGCAGAAACUAAGAAGGGAUUUCUGUCAGUGAUGGACAAAAAGGAUGGCUAUUCAUUUCUAUAUCCAUUUGGGUGGCAGGAAGUAAUCAUUGAAGGUCAAGACAAGGUUUUCAAAGAUGUCAUCGAACCUCUAGAAAGUGUCAGUGUAAAUAUGAUCCCCACUAGCAAAGGGAGUAUUCAAGAAUUUGGACCUCCUCAACAGGUUGCUGAAACAUUAAUUAAGAAGGUUCUCGCCCCUCCAACCCAGAAAACAAAGCUAAUUGAGGUGUCGGAGCAUGAAGAUGAUGGGAAAACUUAUUAUACAUUUGAAUUUGUUGCCCAAGCUCCCAACUACACUCGCCACGCUCUAAGCACAAUAUCUAUUGGCAAUGGUAAAUUCUAUACUUUGACAACUGGGGCUAAUGAAAGAAGGUGGGAAAAGAUGAAAGAUAAACUGCACACUGUCAUCGACUCCUUCAAGAUUUUCAAUGUUUGACUUGCUUAAUCAAUUUUUUGGUUCAUUAGAUUAGGGACAACCAAGUUCUAAAUUGAAGGCACCAUUUUGAAAUUUCCAGAUUUGUAAGUGGCCUGUUUCUCUGUCCAUUGUGUCUCUCAUUUUCCUUUUCCUUCUUUUACUCUAACAAGAGAAUCUCUGUGAAAUCAUACUCCAUUAUUCCAUGGAGCAUUCUUGUUCUUUUUUUGUUUUUCAAUAUGACAAAGAUCAAUAGUGAGUUUAUAAUUGUUUUAAAUUAUAAUCUGUUAAUUUAUAAUCACACUCCUGCAUGUUACACUUGACAAAACUC